CAACACUCGUAGUUAUUGCAGUAGGCCAGCUGAUCUUAUAGCCUAUCUAACAUCGGUCGGCAUUUGCUUCCCCGUUCGACGCCGGCCGGUGUUGCAGUCUUGCAGAAACAGCACGCGUUAAAUUACUCUUAGCCGGACUGCUUAUUAUAAUGGGGCGCAUUUCAAUCCUUUAUUGGCUGUUGUUAGUAGCGUCGGCUUCGAGUGCGCUAGCCGUGGCGGAUGUUAACGACCAAGCGGACAUCCCCAAGCCACCAGUCUUUCCGGACGUCUUUCACUUGAAGUACACGUUCUCCAUGCCUCAUUUCUACCUUACCCAACCAAACGGGCUCAGUUACUCUGUCUCAGUAUGGUACGACGGUCCAAACAACCGCCGGCGGGUGGAUGCGUACGAUGGAGAGGAUUCAUGUGUCACUGUGGGGGGCUAUGACUACACCGUCAUUCCGCGCAUUGAUCGGCUGGACUGUGACGUGUGGGGCGAGCCGGACAGGGAGGUCUACUCGCCGCUACCGGACUUGUGGCGUUGGGAUUACGGUGGCACGGUCCAAUUGUACGACGGAGCUGAUGCUGCAGCCAACGGUAAUAACGGUAACAGCAACGGCAAUGGCGACAGUGUUGGAUCUGCAACUGCAACUGCCACUGCUGCUGCCACUGCUACUGCCGGCAGUCGUCGUGCUACCACCGCCAACAUUUGGCAGCGACAGAUCAAGGAGGGUGACAAGGUGUCACAGUAUACCUUUUACGUCAGCCCCGAGGGGGUGCCGUUGAGGCUAAACAUGAUCGGAGUCAACUACCUAACGAACGCGCACUUUGACGAGUACGUGUACGACUUCACGCAUUUCCAAAACUCCCUGCCCAACGACAACAGCAACAACAGCAGCACCGCUUCUUCCUCCUCCAAUGUAUUUGACAUCCCACCCAUAUGCCAAGACAAGCUAGCAACAGAAGCCGCUAAGCAACGGCAGCAGCAGGGGCAGGUGCAGCAGCAGGGGCAGGUGCAGCAGCAGGAGCAGGAGCAGCAGCAGGAGCAGGAGCAGGGACAGGUGCAGCAGCAGGGACAGGUGCAGCAGCAGGGGCAGGGGCAGCAGCAGGGGCAGGUGCAGCAGCAGGGGCAGGUGCAGCAGCAGGAGCAGGAGCAGCAGCAGGAGCAGGAGCAGGGACAGGUGCAGCAGCAGGGGCAGGGGCAGCAGCAGGAGCAGCAGCAGGGACAGGUGCAGCAGCAGCAGGGGCAGGAAGGGCAGCAGCUGCCACGGCGGCAGCACCCUGCAGCGUGGCAGCUGGCAGCCGUACUGCCCGACAUACGAGCAUACGACCACGCGCACGCUUACAAUCUCUGGUCUCGCGCACACGGCCGCAUCCAUGCCGAUGCGGAGGAGUACGACAGCCGCCUGGAGCGCUUCCGAGAUGUCGUACAACGGAUCCAGUCCCACAACUCCCAGCCCAGCCGCAGCUUCUCCAUGCGCGUUAACGCCUGGGCCGACUGGCAUCCGCAAGAGUGGCAGGACGCACACCUACCGAACAGGCAACUGACGGGGG